AGGGUGAAUGCUCACAUGGACAAUUGUGCCCUUCGCCUUUUCCUGCUGCACCCGUUCAAUAUAGAUGACGUAUUUCUUCCUAUAAACUUGGACUACUUUGCCAAUUUGCUGAUCUUUAUAGUGUCCCUGCACAACCUGAACUUCAUCAUCCUUUUGGAUGGGCAUAGAUUGCACAUUGUACUUCUGCCUCAGCCCUUUCAAAAGGGGGAAAGACAUAAUCUUCCUGUGGAUGUGGGAAGGUGCAUUCAAAUGCCUUUUACGGUUCUUGCUUCAAUCAGAAGUCACAAAAGGAUUGAACUUCAUUUUGGCCGCUACCACUCCGGCGAUGCCACAAAAGACAAAGGUCUAUGCGUUGCUUCCGAUUCUGUAUGUUUACCUAUUAGUGAUGAUGAACCAGGUUAUGACCUAGAUUUAUUUUGUAUUCCUAAUCAUUAUGCCCAGGAUUUGGAAAGGGUGUUUAUUCCUCAUGGACUAAUUAUGGACAGGACUGAACGGCUUGCUCGGGAUGUGAUGAAGGAGAUGGGAGGCCAUCACAUCGUAGCCCUCUGUGUGCUGAAGGGGGGCUAUAAAUUCUUUGCUGACCUGCUGGAUUACAUCAAAGCACUGAAUAGAAAUAGUGAUAGAUCCAUUCCUAUGACUGUAGAUUUUAUCAGACUGAAGAGCUACUGUAAUGACCAGUCGACAGGGGACAUAAAAGUAAUUGGUGGCGAUGAUCUCUCAACUUUAACUGGAAAGAAUGUCUUGAUUGUCGAAGAUAUAAUUGACACUGGAAAAACAAUGCAAACCUUGCUUUCCUUGGUCAGGCAGUACAAUCCAAAGAUGGUCAAGGUUGCAAGCUUGCUGGUGAAAAGGACCCCUCGAAGUGUUGGCUAUAGACCAGACUUUGUUGGAUUUGAAAUUCCAGACAAGUUUGUUGUAGGAUAUGCCCUUGACUAUAAUGAAUACUUCAGGGACUUGAAUCAUGUCUGUGUCAUUAGUGAAACUGGAAAAGCAAAGUACAAAGCCUAAGAUGAGAGUUCAACUUGAGUUCAGAAACUUCUGGAGUCCCAUUGACAUCGCCAGUAAAGUGAUCAAACGGUCUAGUUCUGUGGCCAUCUGCUUAGUAGAGCUUUUUGCAUGUACUUUCUAAGAUUUUUCUGUUUCGUAUUUUAGACAUGUCAGUUGCUGCAUUCCCAAACUCUUUAUUUGCACUAUGAGCCUAUAGACUAUCAGUUCCCUUUGGGUGGAUUGUUGUUUAACUUGUGAAAGAAAAAAAAAUCUCUAAACCACACCACUGUUCAAUGAAAAUAUUGAAAUUGUACCUGUAAGAAACAUUUAAAGAGAAGAUAUAUUAGUUUUUUAAUUGGUAUUUUAAUUUUUUAUAUAUUCAGGAAGGAACAGAAGCAAUUGAAUACUGUUAAUUAUACUACUGCGUGUUUAGAAAAGUAAGGAGCAGUCAGUGUUCACAUGCAUGACAGCAUCUAACAUACUUGGUUCUGUCAAAUAAACCUAUGCGCUGGAAUUAUUUUGCUGGCGUGUCAGUAGCAUUGACUGUAUUUUCUCACUUGUUCAAAUUAUUUCCAGUGAAUUUUUGUCAGCAGUUCAUUUUAAAUGCAAAUUAAUAAAUUUU